CCCUUUUUUACUUUGGUCGAGUCCCUUUGCCAUCUGACCGGGGCAUCACACUACACUAAUUAGCAGAAAGUGGGGGGAAGCCAACGGUACUCCGGUUAAGACUGGUCAAGUGGUAUAAUUCCCUUGCCCUCUCAGACGGUGACUCUCGCCCACCAGUCUCGGGCCACUGUAAGAGGAAUUGCUGAUCUGACCAAGCACAGGCACCAUCUUCCCCGGGUAAACCUACGCCGACUCGCCAUACAGCCUGGACCGCACCGUUUAAACCCCGCUGGCAAGGGGCCGAGGGACGGCUAUUGACCAUUUUCAAACGCGUCCUCCAAAGCACCUCGGCUCCGACUCUGAGCUAGUCUAAGCCUGGACCUCCUGUCAGGGCAUUUACCAGGCGCCUAAUACCCGUUUCAAUCGUCCCGAGCUCAUGUUCCUCAGCCAACCUUGGCCAAUGCAGUUCAAGAUGAGCCACGCCCGGGAGCCGGCUGCCGCCGCCCGUCGGUUGACCGGAAGGCCAUCCAAGGCCCCGGCCCAUGUGGCGAGGGGGGAAUUUGACCCCGACGAGUUGACUCGCCGACUGUAUAUUGUUCUCGCAGAACAGCAAAGUCAAGCAGAGCGAAAGCGACUCGCCCGAGGUGACCCGUCGGAACCAAGAGAGUCGAGCACUCGGUGCAGAGACGGCAGGAAACCUGGCUGCGAAGGCCGGCAAGAAGCCGCAGCGGCUUCGGCCGAUCUCACGACUGAAAUGAAGAUGUCCAAGUCCGCGAAGCACAAGCCUUCUCCCACGGUCGUUACCGAGGCAGCCCCUGACGCCACACGACCUCAGCAAGGCGAGCAACACUACGUCCCGAAAGAAGCCGCGAAGCAAUUCACAAGGACCACCACCGUGGACAACAUGCGAAACAACACUAACCUCGUCCACAAGCUCUCCAAACACGCACUCAAAUUCCAUCUGGAAGGGGACAGGACAACCAGGCCGGGGGUGAACGAGACGGCUGUCGCACCGCCCGAGUUUUCGCGGGCGCUGCGGCGCAGCCAAAGUCAGCGAGACAAGCUCUUCGACCGGAAUCAGUUUCAGCGGAGCCGCAUCCUUGACGAAGCAGCGCAGAUGGACCGCGGGACGCAGCAGCACCACCGGCAUUCGGCGGACAAGCACACGCUUGAGGGCGAGCUAUCCCGGAUUAAAUCGGGGGAAGGGCGCUCGAACCAUUAUCAGCACCAGCAGGCUUACGCCCGGCGGAACAGUACCGGCAGUUCGAACAAGAAUGAUUUGUUUGAGCAAAGAGCAGAGGAUAACAACAACAACCGCCGGUCCUUCAUGCUGAUGGAGCCAUUGAUAGACGUCAUUGAGGAUGUCGAGGAUCUGCCGCCGGAGGAAUCGUGUCCACAUUACGAACGGCGAGUGGACUGGACGCAGAGCGACGAGUCACGGGCACGGCAGAAACUCCAUCUGGCUCCAUUGCUGCGCAAGGCAGAUUCUCUGUGGACGCUGCGCGGGCGCAUCGCGGGGAAGGGAUCUUCGUCGUCGUCGUCGGCCCAUGAGAAAGGGGUAGGUGCAGAGGAGCAAUGGUCGCCCAAGUCGCCCAAAUCGCCAAAGGCCGGCUUCUUUGCGAAGUUCAAACGUUAGUCACUUGCAGAGUAGUGUCGUCUGCUUGAGUUAUCCGACUUGGGAAUCUUCCCGGGUGCGCCUUACCUGGAUAGUCUUGGAUGAAAAAGGGAGGGAUGCGGGAAUGUAAUGUCUGCAGUAAUGAUAAUAAAGAUGGAUGAUGCUCGCACCG